AUGCCGAUACCUUCUCGCAGUCGAUCAGAAAAGAACUUGAAGCAGGAUCAACCGGAUAGGUUCCAACCAAGUGAAGAAUAUAUCUCGAAAUGCGAUCGUUUGGUGGGCGACACUUUUACUAAGGAAGCCCGCCUUGAGCAAUCGGGAGACAUAAAUGCUCUUCAAAGACAUCGCAUAUUUGGACAUUACAGUGAGAUUCCUGCCGAAGAGCCUCAUAUCUCGCAUCUCCUCUACUUUCUUGAGGAGGAUAUCCGAGAACUUGUUCAACGAGAAAUAGCAAUCAGACUCCGAGCCCAUAUCAGUAUGGAUAGCAAUGAGACACGGGAGCUUUUGAACAAGAAAUAUUGGAUCUUAGAACGAAAGUGGCAGCAUUAUUACAUGUGUCUAAGAGAUGGAUAUCAGCGACAUGCUUUUGAUCUAUGGCGCUCUCACCCGAAGUGGUAUAUGCAUCAAUUACUUACGGAGGAUUGUGCUUCCAAGAACGGUUGCUGUGCCCGUAGAUGUGGCUGUUGUUCUAGUCGUGAACCUUCUCCUAUGCGGAAGCUUGGAGUUGGGCAUUGUACUCUUGAAUGCCACUGUUGUCGUAAAGCUCGAGGCUUUGAAGUUCCUGAAGAAGUCAAGGAUAUGCUGAAAAAGGAAUUCCGCGACACAAUUUAUAUGCUUCUCAAGCACCGAAUUUUUCGAGUUGCAACAUGGGGCCUUGUUGGCGGUUGCUUUGAAAACCCCGAUUGA